UUGUAAAAUUUCGGAAUGUGAAAAAGACGAGGAUUCUCAUUGUUUUUUUAAUGGUUAAUUGCUUUAUAGAAAUCUCAUGUCUGCCUUCAUUUCCAAAGUUCCACAUCAGCUUAAACAAGGAUCAACUUCAGAAGUAUUUUCAAGUAAACCAUCACCAUGAAGUUCCCGAUUAUAGCCUGGUAAAUAUUAAGAUGAAACGACCUCAUGCUGCCUCCAGAGAACAGCAUCGUCUGACAUCAAGGGGACAAUUUCGUCCCGAGAAAGAAUUUUUUGUGGCGUCCCAGUCGAUUUUUGGCCACGAAGUUCAGAUGCAGCUGAUGAGGAACGACCACCUUCUGGCUCCAUCCUUCAGAGCUAUCCGCAAGGGGGACGAUGAUACAGAACAUGAGGUUGCAGCCUAUGGCCGCCCGUUGUGUCACUAUACAGGCAUGAAUGGAAGCAUGUCAAUGGCAGUUAGCAUGUGUGAAUACAGCAUUAAUCGAGGCUUGUCCGGAAUCUUGUUGCUCCCGAGCGGCGGGGUUCAGAUUCAACCGGUUGAUGACGAUCUCGCUGAACUCUUGGGUCUCAACCAGGCAGAGAAGAAGCGAUCUCACAAGGUUAACGAUGACGAGGUGAUGCAUCUAGUUUACAAACCAAUGAAAGGGAAAAGACUGUCGGUUCCCGAUGAGAAGUGGGAAGAUGAGCGUUACAUUCCAUCCCUUCCCCGAUCAGAAUACGAGCUAGAUGACGACGACAUUGUGAAAUAUUUAGACUUCGAAGAUUCGAACGAGGUCGAAACUGAUAGAAACUCGAAAGAGAAGGGUUCAUCCGAGACUUCUGCUGACACUAUGGAUUCCGAGGAUGGUUCACCGAAGGAAGGCACUUCGAAGCGCAAAGGAGACGGGAAAUCUUUGUUCAUGGAGCUUGCCGUCUUCUUCGACCAAAAAGGAUAUGAAUUGUUCUUGCCGCACGUCAAAUCAGAGGAAAAUCUUGUAGAUUUGCUACUUGGCUUCGUCAACCAGAUGCAAGCCCUGUACCAACAGCCUACUUUGAACAAACGGCUUCAGAUCAGUCUGGUGCGAUUAGAAAUGAUGAAAAAGCAACCGUCUGACCUUCCACAUGCAGAGGGCGAAAGAGAUACAUUAUUGGACAACUUCUGCAGCUACCAAGCGAAGAAAAACCCGGAAUCGGACAGCGAUCCUAACCACUGGGAUGUUGCACUUUAUAUAUCUGGAUUGAAUUUUUUCGCUAUGGAAAAAGGAAAAAAGAAUGGCAUUACAAUGGGCUUAGCUCCAGUGGGUGGAGUGUGUACGAAGCGUCAUGCUUGCGUCAUCGCCGAAUUCGGAACAGUUAGUGAUGACGGCAGACCUUAUCCAUCAGCUGGUUUGCUAUCGACAUACGUCGCAGCGCAUGAAUUAGGUCACAAUUUGGGAAUGUUCCACGAUGGUCCUCCAAACAAUGACUGUCCUUCGAAUGGUCAUGUAAUGUCACCCAGUAGAGGAACAAAAGGAGAAACAACUUGGUCCAGUUGCAGCUCCAAAGUUCUUGAAAAAGCCGAUAAGAAAUGCCUGUACGACGUUCCUCAAGGUUCAGCUGGCAAAGGUCGCGAUCCCACCAAGUACGAAGGCAAACCGGGGCAAGAAUGGGAUGCGCACGACCAGUGCAAAGUGUUCCUCAGAGACGAAGAUGCCACUUUGCUGAACGACACAGUCCUCGCGAUGGUGUGCCAGGAAACGCUAUGCAAAACACCUCACAGAAUAGGAUACUACGCCGCUGGACCAGCGUUGGAAGGCACAUAUUGUGGAGGGAAAAAAUGGUGUCGUCAUGGUGAAUGUGUGUCUUGGGGAUCUGAGAAGUUACAAGUGGUAAAAGGAGGAUGGUCAAAGUGGAGUAAAGGCAAAUGCAAGGCUGGAUGCAUUAAGAAUUCUAGGGCUGUAGUCAUUGAUAAAAGAUACUGUGAUAAUCCCAAGCCUAAAAACACCGAAAAGACUUGCGAAGGCGAUAACAUUCGAAUUCAUUUCUGCGACGAUUCCAAGCUGUGCAAAGCACGUACUGCUCCUGCUGAUUAUGCCAAGCAAAGAUGCGAGUACUUCUCCCAAUAUUUACCUGAAGUCACACCACAUGGGACACAAGUGAAAUACAAUGAGAAACGCCAGUGGCAGUCCUGCGCGGUAUACUGCAAAAUGAAGUCCGGCACGUGGUACACCCCAAGACAAGAGUUCAACGACAUGGGCAUCGACACUUUCUUUCCGGAUGGCACCUGGUGCCACAGCGAUGGCAGAACCGAUUACUUCUGCCAGAACAGGCUGUGCCUGCCCCCUCCGGUGAAAGGCCGGUCCUUGAGUCCUGGCAGCUAUACGCCAAAUGGUCGCAGGCCGGAAGUCGAUGUGCCUGUACUCAACAACGCUCAUCCGAAGGGAAACAACAGAUCUCCGAAAAAGCUUCAGGAAUAUUUUCAGUACAAAGAGGGCAAAGCACCCCCACCAAUCCCCAAACCUGAUGAACUCAGCAGGCCAAAGGAAGAGGAUUAUGAAAUCAUUGAUUACAUAUCACCGCACUUUACAUAA